AUGCCGUACCUCCCAACUCCCCAGGCCUACCUGGAACAAUCGGCCCUGUUACUCGAAGCAUACCCGGACACCACCCGUAUCACAACGAAAUACAGCUUCCCCUCACACAAACCUAAAUCCACAUCCACGACAGAUGCCGCCCCCACCGAUCCUCAAUCCCAACAAUCACAGACGACCACGACGCCAGUCGCCACGCUGACGCUGAAAACAUUCAACCCCUCCGCCGGACUAUGUCUCAAGUAUCGCACCAACAAGGCCGCCGAGGUCGGUCGCUUGAUCACAAGUCUGGGGAAGUUGGCCGGCGGUGCAGAUGUGGCUAGUUUGGGUCUGGGCGCUGCUGCUGCUGCUGCUCCGGCCGCUGAUGUUGAGAUGGCGGAUGCUCCUGAGGAUGGUACGGCUACGCCGACGACUGCCGCCGCCGCACCUGCGGCUAAGACGGAGUCAAGCAAUAAGGGUGGGAAAUCGAAGAAGAAGGGUGGGAAGGGGAAGAGGUGA